AUGUCUUCCGCUUUGCUGGACGAAGCCACGCGCAUUGCGCGCGACUUUGACUUCCCCGCAGACCAAGUCCAGCGCGGUGUCGCAGAGUACAUCCGGCAAUCAGAGGAGGGUUUACAGAAAGAAGACAUGACCCUGAGUCAAAUUCCAACCUUUGUGACCGCUGUCCCCAAUGGCACAGAAAAGGGCCUCUAUCUCGCCGUCGACCUGGGUGGCACCAACUUCCGUGUUUGCUCUGUUCAGCUACACGGUGACACAACUUUCUCCCUCACUCAGUCCAAGAUCAUGAUUCCCCGGGAACUCAUGGCCUCUGGGACCUCCAAAGAUCUCUUCCUCUUUUUGGCCCGUCAAAUUGAGGCUUUCCUGCGUAUUCAUCACAAUGAACACUUCGAGGCCCACCUGCGUCGACGACUCGAUGGUAAUCAGGAACAGGAUCUUUUCGAUCUGGGCUUCACCUUCAGUUUCCCUGUGCGUCAAUUUGGCAUCAACUCCGGCACCCUCAUCCGGUGGACCAAGGGCUUCAACAUUCCCGAUGCCGUAGGCCAUGAUGUAUGUGCCCUGCUACAGUCUGCCAUUGACGAGCUUCAGCUACCCGUUCGCGUGGCUGCGCUGGUGAACGAUACCGUGGGAACCUUGAUGGCUCGCUCCUAUACCUCCCCUGGUGAGACGGGCACCUUUUUGGGCGGUAUUUUCGGUACCGGUACCAACGGUGCCUACGUCGAGAAGCUUGAGAACAUCACCAAGCUCCAACACAUGAAAGAGGCUCAUUAUGACAAAUCGACCGGCGAGAUGAUUAUCAACGCUGAGUGGGGUAGCUUCGACAACCACAUGAGCGUACUGCCCAACACCAUCUUCGAUCAGGAGCUGGAUGCGGACAGCAACAACCCCGGUGUGCAAAUGUUCGAGAAACGGGUUUCCGGUAUGUUCCUGGGCGAGAUUCUGCGUCGUGCCCUGCUUGCACUGCAUAACAACCCCGCUUUGGGUCUCUUCAAGCCCAACAAGACUUCCAACGUCUCUCUGCCUUCCGACUCCCUCUUUUACCGUCAAUGGGGUUUGGAUACUAGUCUUCUCAGCCAAGUCGAGGCCGACAACACUCCCCAAAUGCUUGACGUCAAGGCCGCACUGAAGGACCACCUGAAGAUCGAGAACCCCAGUGACACCGAAUGCAAAGCUGUCAAGAUCUUGGUCCACGCCAUCGGCAAGCGUGCUGCACGUCUCAGUGCCGUUCCGAUCGCCGCUAUCCUCAUUCACACCAACAAGCUGCAGACUGAUGACUUAAUUGACAUUGGUGUGGACGGCAGUCUCGUCGAGUUCUACCCCAACUUUGAGGGCUACAUGCGUGAUGCCCUUCGCGAAGUCGCUGAAGUUGGACCCCGAGGCUCUGAGAAAAUUCGCAUUGGCAUUUCCAAGGACGGAAGCGGCGUUGGUGCUGCUCUGAUCGCCUUGGUUGCCAGCAAGGAUGAGACCUUAAAGAACCCCUCCGAGAAAUGA